UCUCCAACCAGAAAGUGUCCAUCAGUAGUAACCGACAGCAGCAGAAAUGAGUUCAAAAGCAUUACCAAAUCUAUUUAUGCUAUCAGUGGCAGUUAUUGCGCUGAUGGCGUUACUGAUCGUCGGACCACAGCCGGCCGCCGCCAACGACAGUCAGAAUAUUAACCGGCUGCUUAACAAUCAGGUGAUUGUCAGCCGACAGAUCAUGUGCGUCCUGGAGAAGAGCCCGUGUGACCAGCUCGGCCGACAGCUGAAAGCUGCCCUCCCGGAGGUGAUACAGCGCAACUGUCGGAACUGCUCACCCCAGCAGGCACAAAACGCCCAAAAGCUGACGAACUUCCUGCAGACCCGCUAUCCGGAGGUGUGGGCAAUGCUGAUACGCAAGUACGGUGCCGUUUAA